AUGAAACGAUCUUGGACGGAUAAUGGCAUCAUGUGCGAGGAAAGGGCGACAAAGCGACUCCGUCUGGAGGCAGAAGCUGCGCCGUUGGCCCCAGAACAGAGCAAUGCUCGCCUCGACUCCCUUCCGGCCGAACUCCUGGUGAUGGUACUGGAACACUCCCUGGAACCAUCUUUGAUGCUGGUCAACCGACGACUACAUUCGGUAUUGCCGUCGUAUCUAGAGUUCACCAAAGAUCUUGCGCUCAAGGCUCUUCUCCCAGCCCAUACCUCCGACAACUUACGGGUAAGAAACACCGACCCCAGGCUGGAUGCCCACCUGGCCAACCUCGAACUGUCGAAUUCGAGGCACAUGCAGGAAAGGAUACGGAAGGCUGUCUUCUCGAGUUCGUGGUUUGGGCAAUGUCAGUUGCACCACGUUCAUAGACGACUCUUUAUGAAUGCCGUUCUGAGAAUGUGCAUCUGGCACUCAGCAGAUGGUCCCUCUCGAGGACAGAUGAGGAGAAUACGGGCCUUCCUUGACCAAGUCCCGGAUUUUGAGCCGGUGAAUCAGUUGAACAUUCGACUACGCGACGAGAAACGUCGGCCACUGAACCUCAUCUCGACGCCACUGACGGUGGCUUUAUCGGCGCAACAUACCACUUCUUCACUCACGCCGGUAUCCUUCCCCAUUCUCGAUUUUGGCGGCAUCAUACCAGAUGAUCUGCUCCGGCAGCCACUGACGACGAAUAAAUUGAAGCUGAUUCAGCACAUCUCAGAUGUCGUGGCAAGGGGAAAGAGUGACAUUCCGAGCGUCUCAUGCAACAAGCAACUCCUUCGAGAAGCCUUUAUCGACAGUAUAAUCCACAACAAAGCAAUGCAGUUCUUUGCACUUUUCACACUCGAGGCCUUACUUGAUACCGAAGACCACACCACGGUUGUCAAUUUCCAGCACCUGGAAUCAGCUGUGGUUCAUGGCCGAACUCGGUUUCUCAUUGCUAUCGUCAAAAAGCUGUGGGCGUACCCAAGGCACCUUCGACCUUCAGAUGGUGAUCUGAUCGAUCUAAUCAACCGUGCCAAGUCAAAUGGCUAUCCUGAAUGGCCCAAAACGACUCGAAUACUGGCCAUGGAGACAGCAAGCAUGUGGAAGGCCGCAGAGGUGGAAGAUGGUGGCGGACAUGUGAGCAGUGGCUUGAUUCGUGACUUUCAUGGCUGA